AUGGCGGAUAGUUCUGUUGGGGAGCUGCUGCUGCGGCGGCUGGAGACAGCCGAUGGAGGCUUGGACAGCGCGGAGUUAGCGGCCGAGCUGGGCAUGGAGCACCAGGCCGUGGUGGGCGCUGUGAAGAGUCUGCAGGCUCUGGGCGAGGUCAUUGAGGCUGAGCUGCGUUCCUCCAAGCGCUGGGAGCUUACCACUGAGGGCGAGGAGAUUGCCCGGGAGGGCAGCCAUGAAGCUCGGGUGUUCCAUAGCAUCCCCCCAGAGGGCCUGGCUCAAAGCGAGCUCAUGCGACUGCCCAGUGGCAAAGUGGGCUUCAGCAAGGCCAUGUCCAACAAGUGGAUCCGCGUCGACAAGAGCACAGCCGAUGGGCCCCGAGUGUUCCGAGUGGUGGAUAGCGUGGAGGAUGAGGUACAGCGGCGACUCCGCCUGGUCCAGGGCGGGAAGGCCGAGAAGUUGGGUGAGAAGGAAAGGAGCGAGCUGAGGAAGAGGAAGCUUCUUUCUGAAGUGAUCCUGAAGACCUACUGGGUGAGCAAAGGCAGCACCUUCAGCACCAGCAUCUCUAAGCAGGAGACAGAGCUGAGCCCUGAGAUGAUCUCUAGCGGCUCCUGGCGGGACCGGCCCUUCAAACCCUAUAACUUCUCGGCUCGUGGCGUCCUCCCCAGCAGUGGCCACCUGCACCCCCUGCUCAAGGUCCGCACCCAGUUCCGGCAGAUCUUCCUGGAGAUGGGGUUUACCGAGAUGCCCACUGACAACUUCAUUGAGAGCUCCUUCUGGAACUUUGAUGCACUCUUCCAGCCCCAGCAGCACCCAGCACGUGACCAGCACGACACCUUCUUCCUACGAGAUCCAGCCGAGGCUCUGCAGCUCCCGAUGGAUUACGUCCAGCGGGUCAAGCGGACCCAUUCUCAGGGUGGCUACGGCUCACAGGGGUACAAGUAUACCUGGAAGCUGGACGAGGCCCGUAAAAACCUGCUGCGCACACACACCACGUCUGCAAGCGCCCGCGCGCUCUACCGCCUCGCGCAGAAGAAGCCCUUCACACCUGCCAAGUACUUCUCCAUUGACCGUGUGUUCCGGAACGAGACCCUGGAUGCCACGCACCUGGCUGAGUUCCACCAGAUUGAGGGUGUUGUGGCUGACCAUGGCCUCACCCUGGGCCACCUCCUGGGCGUCCUGCGGGAGUUCUUCACCAAGCUGGGCAUUACCCAGUUGCGCUUCAAGCCAGCCUAUAACCCCUACACAGAACCUAGCAUGGAAGUGUUCAGCUAUCACCAAGGCCUGAAGAAGUGGGUGGAGGUCGGGAAUUCUGGGGUCUUUCGCCCUGAGAUGCUGCUGCCCAUGGGGCUCCCUGAGAACGUGUCAGUCAUUGCAUGGGGCCUCUCCCUGGAGCGCCCGACGAUGAUCAAGUAUGGCAUCAACAAUAUCCGGGAGCUGGUGGGCCACAAGGUGAACCUGCAGAUGGUGUACAACAGUCCACUGUGCCGCCUGGAUGCAGAGCCGGUGCCCUCUCGGAUGCAGGAGGCUGCAUGA